AGUCAUUCACGCGCUUUGUGGGCUCCACAAUGCCUGAAACUUCAAUUCAAUGUACAGACCAUUUUCCUGCGCUUUCACAAGGCUUGAAAGACUACUGCAAAGGCUUUCACAGCAACUGCUACUCUCGCUAAUUUGCUUUGGUUAUUCGAGAGUUUGAAUUUUGCUGAAAACAUGUUUGUGGCGGAGGCGGCUGUGUCUUCCAUCUUUGAUCUGGUGCUUGAGAAGUUGGUGGCUGCCCCUUUGUUGGAGAAUGCACGUAGUCAGAAUGUUGAGGCCACUCUCCAAGAAUGGAGGAGGAUUUUGUUGCAUAUUGAAGCUGUGCUGACUGAUGCUGAGCAGAAGCAGAUAAGGGAGAGAGCUGUUAAGCUUUGGUUGGAUGAUCUCAAAUCUUUGGUUUACGACAUGGAAGAUGUUCUGGACGAGUUCAACACUGAAGCUAAUCUGCAGAUCGUGAUACAUGGACCCCAAGCUAGCACCAGUAAGGUACACAAGCUCAUCCCAACUUGUUUUGCUGCUUGUCAUCCUACAUCUGUGAAAUUUACUGCAAAGAUUGGGGAAAAGAUAGAGAAAAUUACAAGGGAGUUAGAUGCUGUUGCAAAACGAAAGCAUGACUUUCAUUUAAGGGAGGGUGUUGGAGGGUUGUCGUUUAAGAUGGAAAAAAGGUUACAAACCACUUCUUUGGUAGAUGAGUCUAGCAUUUAUGGUAGGGAUGCUGAGAAGGAGGCUAUCAUUCAAUUUCUCUUAUCCGAGGAAGCCUCCAGGGAUAAUGGUGAUAAUGGAGUUUCUGUAGUUCCCAUCGUAGGUAUGGGUGGGGUUGGUAAAACAACCCUGGCUCAAAUUAUCUACCAUGAUAAGAGGGUGGAGAGCCACUUUCAUACCAGGAUUUGGGUUUGUGUAUCGGAUCGAUUUGAUGUGACAGGGAUAACCAAAGCAAUUCUAGAGUCCGUCACUCAUAGUUCAACUGAUUCUAAGAACUUGGACUCAUUACAAAAUAGCCUGAAGAAUGGAUUGAAUGGGAAAAAAUUCUUCCUCGUUCUAGAUGAUGUGUGGAACGAGAAGCCCCAAAACUGGGAUGCCUUAAAGGCUCCUUUUAGGGCUGGUGCACAAGGCAGUAUGAUCAUAGUAACAACUCGUAAUGAAGAUGUUGCAUCGAUUAUGCGCACUACUGCCUCUUCUCAUCACCUUGAUGUGCUAUCCUAUGAAGAGUGUCGGCUAUUAUUUGCAAAACACGCCUUUGCACAUAUGAAUACAAACAUCCGCCAAAAGUUGGAACCAAUUGGUGAGAAGAUAGUAAGAAAAUGCAGAGGCUUGCCUUUGGCUGCAAAGUCGCUUGGAAGUCUAUUACACACUAAACAAGAUGAAAAUGCUUGGAAUGAAGUACUGAAUAAUGGCAUAUGGGAUUUUCAAAUUGAGCAAAGUGACAUUCUUCCGGCUUUAUACUUGAGUUACCAUUAUCUUCCAACAAAUUUGAAACGAUGUUUUGCAUAUUGCUCCAUAUUCCCCAAGGACUAUAAAUUUGAAAAAAGGAACUUAGUGCUGUUAUGGAUGGCCGAAGGCUUAUUAGGUGGCUCCAAAAGAGAGGAAACUAUAGAAGAUUAUGGUAACAUGUGUUUUGACAAUCUACUUUCAAGAUCUUUCUUCCAACAAGCUAGUGAUGAUGAAUCAAUAUUUUUGAUGCAUGAUUUGAUCCAUGAUUUAGCACAAUUUGUAUCGGGAAAAUUCUGCUCUUCGUUGGAUGAUGAAAAGAAAAGUCAAAUUUCCAAACAGACUCGACAUUCUUCUUACGUUAGGGCAGAGCAAUUUGAACUCUCCAAGAAAUUUGAUCCAUUUUAUGAAGCUCAUAAUUUGCGGACCUUUCUUCCUGUACAUUCAGGUUAUCAAUAUCCUCGUAUCUUUUUAAGCAAGAAGGUCUCAGAUCUUUUAUUGCCAACAUUGAAAUGCUUACGGGUUCUCUCUUUACCUGAUUAUCAUAUUGUGGAGUUGCCUCACUCAAUUGGAACUUUGAAACACCUACGCUACUUAGAUCUUUCUCAUACUUCAAUUAGAAGGCUCCCUGAAUCAAUAACCAACCUUUUCAACUUGCAGACAUUGAUGUUGUCAAAUUGUGAUUCUCUUACUCAUUUGCCCACAAAAAUGGGGAAACUAAUCAACUUGCGUCAUCUUGAUAUUAGUGGCACUAGAUUAAAGGAGAUGCCAAUGGGAAUGGAAGGGUUGAAACGUCUUCGAACAUUGACUGCUUUUGUUGUUGGUGAGGAUGGAGGGGCAAAAAUUAAAGAGUUGAGGGACAUGUCACACCUUGGUGGCAGACUUUGCAUUUCCAAGUUGCAGAAUGUGGUGGAUGCUAUGGAUGUCUUCGAGGCUAAUUUGAAAGGCAAGGAGCGUCUUGAUGAGUUAGUAAUGCAGUGGGAUGGCGAAGCUACUGCUCGUGAUUUGCAGAAGGAAACAACUGUGCUUGAAAAGCUACAACCUCAUAACAAUUUGAAAGAGCUGACCAUCGAGCACUAUUGUGGUGAAAAAUUUCCUAACUGGUUAAGCGAACAUUCAUUUACCAAUAUGGUGUACAUGCACCUCCACGAUUGUAAAACUUGUUCAUCCUUGCCAUCGCUAGGGCAACUUGGAUCUCUCAAGGUGCUCUCUAUUAUGAGGAUUGAUGGAGUGCAGAAGGUGGGACAAGAGUUCUAUGGGAAUAUUGGGUCUUCUUCGUUUAAGCCAUUUGGAUCCCUAGAGAUUCUGAGAUUUGAAGAGAUGUUAGAGUGGGAGGAAUGGGUUUGUCGUGGAGUUGAAUUCCCUUGUUUGAAGCAGCUUUAUAUCGAGAAAUGUCCAAAGCUGAAAAAGGAUUUACCCGAACACCUUCCUAAAUUAACAACACUUCAGAUUAGAGAAUGCCAGCAGCUGGUGUGUUGUCUUCCAAUGGCGCCCUCCAUUCGUGUAUUGAUGUUGGAGGAAUAUGAUGAUGUGAUGGUUAGGAGUGCGGGCAGUCUCACCUCAUUGGCUUACUUGCAUAUACGUAAAAUACCAGAUGAAUUAGGACAACUGCAUUCUCUUGUAGAGUUGUAUGUGAGUUCUUGUCCCGAGUUAAAGGAAAUUCCACCCAUUCUUCACAACCUUACCUCUCUUAAAAACUUGAACAUCCGGUAUUGUGAGAGUCUUGCAUCUUUUCCGGAGAUGGCGCUGCCACCCAUGCUUGAAAGGCUUCGAAUUUGGUCCUGUCCCAUUCUGGAGUCCCUACCAGAGGGAAUGAUGCAAAAUAAUACGACUCUGCAAUGCUUGGAAAUUUGUUGUUGUGGUUCUCUGAGGUCCUUGCCCAGGGACAUUGAUUCAUUGAAGACACUUUCAAUCUCUGGGUGUAAGAAAUUGGAGUUAGCACUCCAGGAGGAUAUGACGCACAACCACUACGCUUCCCUUACCGAAUUCGAGAUAAAUGGUAUUUGGGAUUCUCUCACGUCCUUUCCAUUAGCCUCCUUCACAAAGCUUGAGAAGCUUCAUUUAUGGAAUUGUACAAAUCUGGAGUCCCUUUCCAUUCGAGAUGGACUUCACCACGUGGAUCUCACAUCUCUCCGGUCAUUGGAAAUACGUAAUUGCCCUAAUCUGGUAUCUUUUCCACGAGGAGGAUUGCCCACUCCCAAUUUAAGAAUGCUUGAUAUAAGGAAUUGCAAAAAGCUUAAGUCACUGCCCCAAGGGAUGCACACCCUCCUUACAUCCCUUCAAGAUUUGUAUAUAUCUAAUUGUCCAGAAAUUGAUUCAUUUCCAGAAGGGGGUUUGCCCACUAAUCUAUCUAGCCUUUACAUCAUGAAUUGCAACAAACUCUUGGCUUGUCGGAUGGAGUGGGGCUUACAAACGCUUCCCUUUCUUAGAACGUUGCAGAUUGCAGGAUAUGAGAAAGAAAGAUUUCCCGAGGAGCGAUUUCUGCCCUCCACUCUCACCUCCCUUGGAAUUAGGGGUUUUCCAAAUCUGAAAUCCCUGGACAAUAAGGGGCUUCAGCAUCUUACCUCUCUUGAAACUCUGGAGAUUUGGAAAUGUGAAAAGCUCAAGUCCUUCCCAAAACAGGGGCUGCCCUCCUCCCUUUCACGUCUUUAUAUUGAAAGGUGUCCUCUGCUGAAGAAACGGUGCCAAAGGGAUAAAGGGAAAGAAUGGCCCAACGUUUCUCACAUCCCUUGCAUAGCGUUCGACAUACACUAUCCGAAAAAUGAGGAGGUGAUCUUAUCAUGAGGCCCUUGCAUCGGAGCUCUUGCUCUCCUCUGCAUUUAUUGGCCCAGGAAUGGCAACAAACUAGUGGCUAAUCGGAUGGAGUGGGGCUUGCAAACGCUUCCCUUUCUUAGAACGUUGGGGAUUGAGGGAUGUGAGAAAGAAAGAUUUCCCGAGGAGCGAUUUCUGCCCUCCUCUCUCACCUCCCUUGAAAUUAGGGGUUUUCCAAAUCUGAAAUUCCUGGACAAUAAGGGGCUUCAGCACCUCACCUCUCUUGAAACACUGGAGAUUUGGAAAUGUGGAAACCUCAAGUACUUCCCAAAACAGGGGCUGCCCCCUCCCUUUCUCAUCUUGAUAUUGAUGACUGUCCUCUGCUGAGGAAAUGAUGCCAAAGGGAUAAAGGGAAAGAAUGGCUCAAGAUUUCUCACAUCCUCUACAUAACAUACGAUUAGGAAGAUGAGGUGAUUUUAUCAUGAAGGCCUUCGAUCCAAGCUCUUGCUCUUCUCUGCAUUUAUUAGCCCAGGAGUAUCUACUAUCAUCUUAUUGAUGGAGGAAGGUUGUCCACCAAAAUUGUCAGUUUACUUGAUUCACUACUUGGUUUUUGCAAGCACAUCAAAAUGUAGGGAACAAAUGGAAAAAUCUAGGUGGUAAAGCCCAUGCAGACAAAUCAUUCCUUCCCAGAUAUUACGAUUUAGAUUCUUUAGAUAUGUCAAAGGAUUCAACAAAUGUAUUCAUAGAUUCUAAUUAGGUAUGCUUCUAAAGCAUCCAACUAAUAUCAUUGGUAGAGAAAGAUUGUGCGCUUUUUGAUAUCUGCAUGUAUGAUGCCACAAAUGGAGCAAAAUUUUCCUAGCCGAUGAAGGACAUGUGGGCAUAUCAUCCAUAAGAGAAUGUUUUGAAAAAGUUCAGAUAGAAUGGAGUGUUUUGGAAAAUGUAUUAGCAGCUGCAAGGUACCUUGCCCUCAAUUAGGAAUGAUGACCACACCUGAAUGUGGAUUCAAAUGCUCUGAAUCUCAUAAUGUGAGGACAACAUCUAGUUUGUUGUUGUUCUUGUCAAGAGAUUGUUUUUCACUGCUCAAGAUUUCAAUCUUAGGCAUUUCUGAUCACUGCUACCAGUCUAGAAUCCUGAAGGCAAUGUCAUUGCAUUGAUUCCAUGAUCUUGCUCCAAACAAAAGUUUAGUACUCUGCUUAAGGAUUGCCAUUGCGGCUGCUCCAUUCCUUGAAAGGUAUGUUUAUGUAAACAAAAGCACUGUCCAUUUGUUUUUUUAGACUUAAUAAUUAUGUAAAAGGCUAAACUAUUGUGUUAUAUCCAACCAAAAAUGAUGAACUGUUAGAAUCAUCAUGAAAAAAGCAGAGGAUCCUUUUGGUUACGCAUUCAACACAUAUUUUUGCUUAUAUUUUUCAAAUUUCCAAUCAUUGAGUAUAAGCUAAUGAAUCAAAGAACAAGUAAAAAAGUUCUUGUUGUUGAGAUUCUAAGUGAAUAGAAAUGGUUCAUGUGCUUGAUGAACUAAAGGAAGUUGUUGCACCUUGGUCUGGGUUAAACCAUCAAAAAUAUAGUUGCAAAGCCUACUGUAUAUUUCACCAACUAUUUAUGGAAUAAAACAUUUUCAAUUUCACAUUAUGAUACCUGAUUAGACAACUUUGAGAAAUGAUAGGCUGCUCGGUCUUUUUAAAGUAUGGUACAGAGGUUAAUCAAAUGCAUUUUGUUCCAUUGUUGUCUGCAUUUGAUGUUCAAGGUAGCUAUGAUAGUGUUCUCUAUUAUUAUGCAUUUUGCCAUCUCUUGUCUCAAUAGAAUCACUUCUUCCAUUUCAAUAACAACACUUAGAUUGCUUUACAUUCCAAAUAUUUUAAAUCAUCCUCGCUUCUGUUACAUUUAUCAGUUUCCCUAUGAAAUUGUUUUUAAACUCCUAGUAUGAAAUUAAGAUUAAUAUAAACUCCAAAAUUGAAAAACUCUGUUUAACUUUAAUGAAGUAUUCAACUAAGUACUGCUGGAUAAAGAAGAUUUAAUUGUUACAUCAGUUUCUUCUAUAUGUGUUAGUUGUUUAAACAUGUCUCCCACUUCAUGUUAUUCUGCUUCUACACCGGGCAUCAUUGAAGCAUUUUAAAAAGGGUACUGUACUUGUACCUGCAUAACUGCCACAGGAGGGAUAUUUGAAGGAGACACCAUUGGAGCAUGUCAAGGUGCAUUCUACUGAUGUCAACCAUAAAUGAAAGGUCCUAAACAUUGGGAAUUUCAAUGCAAUAAAAAGGUAUGGAAAUUGGAUAGCUUCUAUGCCUUUCACAAAUGCACUUUUAUACUAAAACCUGUCUAAGAGAGGAAAUUAAAUCAAUCCCUGCCCUACAAUUUAGUUUUGAGUUUUUUGUUUUUUGAUUUUUGGAAACAUGUGGAUGCAUUUACACAUGCCUGAUCCCAGGAUGGAGAUUCUAAUCAAGAUUUGCUGGUUAGACUAUAAUGUGGAAUCAUGAGGACAUGGAAUUAAGUAGAGACAAUAAGCAAUUAAUCCACUUUCCCAUUCUUCUCUCUUCAAUAGGUCUUGGACAUGCCAUUUUGUAUAGGAAGAGCUUAAUCAGGUAUGCAGAGUGAUUCUUCUCUUGGUUAUUAGGUUUAGUAGCUUGAAUUCAAGUAUUCAAACCUAUUCCUGCCAUCUUCUUAUACUCUUCUAUUUCCCUAAAUGAUUUGUAAGUAAUUUUUAUAAUAUGUUAUUUAUUGAAUCUAUGUUUGGAAAAACUUCUUAAAUGCUAAAAACAAGAUUUGAAGGUCAAAUUCAACUUUUGAUGACAUUAGAUAGAAUUAUUAAACUAGACCUUACACUUUCUUAGUAUAAUUUACCUAAAAAUACAAACAUCUUUAUUUUUCCUUUAAUAAAAGUUCAAUUAAAUCUUUUACACCCUCAUCUUUAAUAAAAAUAUUAAAAUUAUAAUCAUCAAACAUAAUAUCUACUUUUGCUGAAUGCUUUGAAUUUAAUAAUGUGGGAAUUUGUUUGGUUAUUGAGGAUUACAAUCUAUAAAAAUUCAAUCUACAUUGUUUUAGUGAAGUACUGUAAGUCUGUAUUAUGUGGUUAACCUUACACCUAGAUUCCCAUUCAUGCUAUGAAGAGUUUGGAAGAGGUAUUUAUGUCGCAUAAGCAUGAUCAAAAUGUCUGUUUCACUUACACUAUCAAAAUAUCCUUUUCUUUUAGGUAUGUCAUCUAUUUUCUGAAAAAAUAUUUUGUUUUGCCUUAUACUGAGAAUUCACACAAUGAAUUUCAAUUGGAGAUAACCUUAUUUGUAUCCUAUUUCUAGGAAUGUCCUCCUUAUCUAUAUCCUAUUUCUAGGAAUGUCACACCUAUAUGGUGGAUUCAAAUGAUUUGAACCUCAUAAUGUGAAGACAACUUGUCCUAUGCUAUUGUUGGUGUUUUGACCACUGAAGAUUGCCAUCCUAGGAGUUUUAGUCGCUGCUAGCAGUCAAGAAUCCUUUAGACAAAUGCAUGCAUUUACAUUUAUUCCAUGAUCUUGCUCCAAAGAAAAGUUUUUUACUCAUCUGCGGAAGGAUUGUAAUUGUGAGUGCUCCAUUCUUUGGAAGGUAGCACUACUUGUCAAGAGUUGUAGCUCAUGUGAUUUGGUGUUCUGUUUAUUAAUUUACACUUUGGUUGAUAUAAUAUUUGGUUGUCACUCAUUAAUUUGGUUGACAUAAUCUAGGUAGAAAUUCUACCUAGAUUUUUUGUUUUGGCAUUUCAUUUCUAUUAUUUAGUUUUGAAGAUAAUAUGAUGUUUCUAGCUUUAAUUUGCAUUGACCUGCUUUUCUAUAAAAUGCUUGAGUUUUCUUUACUACUAUUAAAUACAAGCAAUUGUGAAAAACUAUAGGUUGUCUCUUUUAAGGUAGAAGAGAUUUAUUUUGAUGUCCUACAACCUAUUUUCAUUUCUUACUUCUAUAAAUGUAAACUAUAUUACUUCUUAAUCUUUAAUAGUACAAAUGAAACAUAAAUGUUAAUAUUAGCAAAGCAUUCUCCAUGUGUUGCACUAGAUUCAGUAGUUAUGUAAAAGGCUGAAAGAUGAUGACCUAUCCAAGAGAAAAUACUGAACUAUUAAAAUUAUCAAUAUAUCUUUGGUUAUAUUAGGCUUCUCUCUAUCUUUAAAGUAUGGUUCAGAGGUUAUCGUAUGCAUUCUGUUUCACUGGUUUCCAUUUUGAUGGUCAAGAUAAUUAGGAUAGGGCCGAAACAAGGUAAUCUCUUCUCUCAACAAAAUUACUUCUUUCAUUUCAACAAUACUACUCCGAUCCUUUAUCAAUUUCACUUUUACUUUGAAUAGUCUUUUUUCCUGUUAGUUUGUAUGUUUUCCUCCAAAUUGGUUUUAGACUGUUAGCAUGAAAUUAAAGAGUAACAUAAAGUCCAAUUGAACAAAUUUGUUUACCUUCAAUGAAGCAUUCAACUGUUUACUGGUGGAUAAAAAAUAUUUAAUUGUUUUAUCAGUUUCUUCUUCAUUUGGCACCAUUGUAGCAUUUGAAAAAUGUACUUGAACCAAAGUAGUAGCCAUUGCAAAGGCAUUUGAUGGAGGCUUCAUUGGAGCAUGUCAGGAUGGUUAAUGAGCCUUUCUCAAGUCAACAUUAAAUGGUAGGUUCUAAACUUUGGAAUUUCAACACAAUAAAAAGGUAGGCAAAUUGGAUGGUUUCUGUGCCUACAGCAGAUGCAUUUUCACACUAGCACUUUAGUUUUAGAGUUUUUGUGAAAUUUGUGGAUGUAUUUACAACUGCUUGCUUUUAGGAUGUUAACCAACAAGAUUACUCUUUGGAAGGUGACGUGGAAUCACAAAUAAGUGAAAUGAUAUGGGAGGGAUAUGCAAUUGAUACCCAUCCCUAUUCUGCUCACUUGAAUGUGACUCAAGUACAUCAUUAUGCAUGUCUUCGGCUAACAGUAUUCAGACAGAUUUCUGCCACCUUCAACUACGGUCUUCUGUCACCAUAUAACCAUGUGUUGAUGUUCAUCCUAAUAACUUAAUUCUCAUUCCCUAACUUGAAGAAAUGAUGGACAACCAAGUUUGAGAAAUGAGGUAAUAGUAAAUGGAAGAUAAAUUUAUUGGGUUCUUUAGCUGUGCAAGAGAAUCUAGUGCAGUGCAUCUUGACAUGGUCGAAAAAUCUUGACAGGAAAAAUUAAAAGAGAAGCUAUUAAAAUUGGAAAAGCAGAGUAUUGCUGUUUGAAGUAGACUGAAAUGUGCAAGGAUUUGUCAUUGAUGUAGGUAAACUAUUGAAUAUGUUCUUCACAAAAGCAAUUGUUGGAAAUUCAUUUCAAGGAUUUGUCAUUGAUGUAUGGAUCACGCAGUGAGUGGAGAAUUGGUUCUCAUAGCUGCUGCAAAUUUGGUGCAGAAUCAUAAGCACUCAGACUAACUGAAUGACUAGGCAUCAGAACAAGCUAUUCAGUAUUUUUUUUUUCUCCAAUGAAUAGAUGGAAUUAAAACGUGGGCAAUUGUGGAAAGAAAGGAACCGCCUUCUUCAUUAUUGAUUCAUAUAUCAACUAAAAUGGCAACAUUUGUAGUUGUUGGAAACCUCCAUGGCAACAGUUCUUAGGUCUUUUAAUUUUGAAUACAUGAAACAUUUUUCCCAAUAUAUGUUGUUCCUUCUAUUCCCCCCGGGAGUGUUUUAUGAUGAGAUAUUAUUGAAGUUGUACUAUUUCUAUAGUUCAGCAUGAUAGGGGGCUAUUCAGGAUCUUUUAGUCAUUCAGUUUUACUGAUAUGAUUCCAAAUCUUAAGAAUUAUUGCAUUUUGAAUAGUAAUGAUCUUCUUUUAACUA